AGUUUUUUCGCAGGAUCUACUCAUUAUUUUUAUUGGUAUCCUUCCCUCUUCUUUCAACCUUGUUGACUAUAAAAAAUAUAACUGAAUUCGCUCAAAGAUGUGGAACAACAACAGCGCUUUAGCAACUUUCAUUUCUCCAAUCAAGACUGCCAAGUGUCAGCAGGCUAACAGCAGCUGCCCAAAGGGCAGCGAUGGCGGGAUUGAGUAUGGAUCAAGCAAGUACUUUUUGUACUGCGGUCUUGGUGGAAUCCUGAGUUGUGGCACAACUCACACAGCUGUUGUACCCCUUGAUUUGGUAAAAUGCCGGCUACAGGUCAACCCUGACCACUACAAAAACAUUGUCAACGGCUUCAAGAUCUCCGUGAAGGAGGAUGGCAUGAUAGGUUUGACAAGAGGAUGGCUGCCAACCUUCUGUGGAUACUCGGUGCAAGGCCUAGGAAAAUUUGGGCUCUACGAAGUUUUCAAAGUACUUUACAGUGGAAUGCUGGGGGAAGAAUACUCGUACAUGUACAGGACCUCUUUGUAUUUGGCAGCCUCGGCAUCAGCAGAAUUCUUUGCGGAUGUUGGCCUUGCUCCUUUUGAGGCUAUGAAGGUCAGAAUUCAGACUGCACCAGGAUUUACAUCGUCAAUGACAAAAGCUGCAUCAAUUAUAUCGAAACAAGAAGGCAUUGGAGGGUUUUACAAGGGUUUGGCACCCUUGUGGGGCAGACAAAUUCCUUACACAAUGAUGAAGUUUGCUUGCUUUGAGAGGACAUUGGAAGCUUUGUACCAGCACGUAGUACCAAAACCUAGAGAGCAGUGCACAAAGGAGGAACAACUGGCAGUCACUUUCACUGCUGGCUACAUUGCCGGCGUUUUCUGUGCAAUUGUUUCCCACCCUGCUGACACAAUUGUGUCAAAACUGAACCAGGAC